GGGCCGGGGGAGGGCGGGCGGCGCGGCGGCCUCGGGGUCUGCGGGGGAGGCGGGAGCAUCAGCAGCACCAGCGGCGGAUCCCUGCGGCCACCCCCGCCCGCCACAGCUGAGGGGGCUCGGCGGCUGCCGCUUGCGGGGAGCCCAGAGGGUUAUGUUUCACACUAUGUGCUGACUGUCUGUGCUUACAGAAGAUAUUUAAACACAAACGGACUUUUUUUGUCAAAGAUUUUGAUUCCAGUGGAAUCUGUGCUUUAGAUUUUUGUCUUGUCAAUUAACUCCUGAAGCAAUGCCUGUACAAGCUCCACAAUGGACGGAUUUUCUCUCCUGCCCGAUUUGCACACAGACUUUUGAUGAAACGAUACGGAAGCCCAUCAGCUUAGGGUGCGGCCACACUGUCUGCAAGAUGUGCCUCAACAAGCUCCACCGAAAGGCAUGCCCUUUUGACCAGACCACUAUCAAUAUAGACAUCGAACUCCUGCCUGUGAACUCGGCCUUGCUGCAGCUAGUGGGUGCUCAGGUUCCUGAGCAGCAGCCAAUUACUUUGUGUAGUGGAGCUGAAGAUACCAAGCACUAUGAAGAGGGCAAGAAGUGUGUUGAAGAGUUGGCAUUGUACCUCAAGCCACUCAGCAGUGCGAGAGGUGUGGGUCUUAACAGUACUACCCAGAGUGUGCUGAGUCGUCCCAUGCAAAGGAAGCUGGUGACAUUAGUUCACUGCCAGCUAGUGGAGGAAGAAGGGCGGAUCAGAGCUAUGCGUGCAGCGCGGUCGCUUGGUGAAAGAACAGUCACGGAGCUUAUUCUUCAGCAUCAAAAUCCUCAGCAGCUCUCCUCCAACCUCUGGGCUGCAGUGAGAGCCAGAGGGUGCCAGUUCCUUGGACCAGCAAUGCAAGAGGAGGCUUUAAAGUUGGUUCUGCUAGCUCUGGAAGAUGGAUCUGCUUUGUCACGAAAGGUCUUGGUUCUCUUUGUGGUUCAGAGGCUGGAGCCGCGAUUUCCUCAGGCCUCGAAAACUAGCAUUGGCCAUGUUGUACAGCUGCUUUACAGAGCUUCCUGCUUCAAGGUAACAAAGCGAGAUGAGGAUUCCUCCCUGAUGCAACUGAAGGAGGAAUUUCGGACUUACGAAGCUCUGAGGCGGGAGCAUGAUUCCCAGAUAGUUCAAAUUGCUAUGGAAGCAGGUUUACGCAUUGCACCAGACCAGUGGUCCUCGCUGUUAUACGGAGACCAGUCUCACAAAUCUCACAUGCAGUCUAUCAUUGACAAGUUGCAGACCCCAGCCUCGUUUGCACAAAGUGUUCAGGAAUUAACUAUUGCUCUUCAGAGGACUGGAGAUCCAGCUAACCUGAAUCGUCUUCGUCCUCAUCUAGAGCUCCUGGCAAAUAUCGAUCCCAGUCCAGAUGCUCCACCUCCAACGUGGGAACAACUGGAAAAUGGACUGGUUGCUGUGAGGACAGUGGUUCAUGGCUUAGUUGAUUAUAUCCAGAAUCACAGCAAGAAAGGAACAGAUCAGCAACAGCCUCCUCAGCACAGCAAGUACAAGACAUACAUGUGCCGAGACAUGAAACAGAGAGGAGGAUGCCCCCGAGGGGCCAGCUGCACCUUUGCACAUUCACAGGAGGAGCUAGAAAAAUUCCGUAAAAUGAACAAGCGUCUGGUUCCCAGAAGACCCCUGAGUGCCUCCCUGGGCCAGCUAAAUGAGGUGGGCCUGCCUUCAGGAGCUAUCCUCUCGGAGGAAGGGGGAGUGGACUUGCCCAAUAGGAAAACUUCUGCUCUGCCAAAUGGAAUUGUGCCAGCAGGCGGCACAGUGACGCAACUAAUUUCUCGAGGGACUGACUCCGGUUACGAAACUGCUCUGAAGCCAGGGAAGAUGGACCAUCUGAGUAGCAGUGCCCCUGGAUCCCCUCCUGACUUGCUGGAAUCAGUCCCCAAGAGCUCCAUUUCUGCCUUACCAGUGAACCCUCAUCCUGUGCCCGCUCGAGCACCGGCAGAUCUGCCUUCAGUGUCAGUCACCAAGCAGCUGCAAAUGGUACCACGAGGAUCUCAGCUGUACAGCACUCAGCAACCAGAUAUGUUUUAUCAAGAUCCUAGAGGAGCUGCUCCACCGUUUGAGCCAGCACCCUACCAGCCAGGAGUUUACUAUCCCACUCAGUCCAUAUCUCGCUUUGUCCGACCUCCUCCGUCUGCUCCUGAACCCGGUCCACCUUAUUUAGACCAUUACCCGCCCUACCUUCAGGACCGCGUGGUGAGCCCGCAGUACACACAGCCGCAGCAAUAUCCUCCUAUGGCACAGCCCAUCUACCCGCCGCACUACGACAGCCGCCGCGUCUAUCCCCCUGUCCAGCCAUAUCAGCGAGAGGAGAUUGUCCGAGGAAGCCCAGUUCCCAUUGAAAUUCCGCAAGCGGCUGUACCUUCCUAUGUACCUGAAUCCAGAGACAGAUACCAGCAAACAGAGGGUUAUUGCCCAGUGGCUCCACAUCUCAGCCAGAUCAGACCUUCUUGCCACAGGCCACAUCCCAGCCUGGACGAACUUCACCGGCGAAGGAAAGAAAUCAUGGCCCAGCUAGAAGAGAGGAAGGUGAUUUCUCCACCUCCUUUCGCACCGUCUCCAACCUUGCCUCAUCUUUUUCAUUCAGAGGAGAUUUUUGUGUUUGUACAGUACUUGGAUGAAGACCUGAAGGUAGCUGGGAAAUACAAAGGAAAUGACUACAGCCAGUACUCGCCCUGGUCCUGUGACACCAUCGGCUCCUACAUUGGAACCAAAGAUGCAAAACCCAAAGAUGUUGUGGCAGCAAGAAGUGUGGAGAUGGCGAACGUAGAUAGUAAAGCCAUGCGUGACCAGCGAUUAGACAUGCAGCGAAGAGCAGCAGAGACCGGCGAUGAUGACCUCAUUCCAUUUGGAGACCGACCAACUGUGUCGAGAUUUGGGGCUAUCUCUCGUACCUCCAAAGCGAUGUACCAGAACUCUGGUCCCAUGCAGGCCAUGGCGGUUCAGGGAGCUACCACCAAAUCUAUCAUUUCAGUGGCAGACUACAAUCCUUACGGAACUCACAGUGGCUGGGGAGGCUCUCCAUAUUCUCCUCAUCAAAAUAUACCUUCUCAGGGACGUUUCAGUGACAGGGAGAGACUGUCCAUGUCCGAUGUGACUGGUCAUGGGAAACAGUUGCCCUCAGCAGAGCGAGAGCAGCAGCUGCGCAUGGAGCUGCAGCAAGUAGACCAUCAGAUUAGCCAGCAGACACAAAUGCGAGGACUAGAGGCUGUUAGUAACAGGCUGCUGUUGCAGAGGGAGGCGACUACCCUGGCAGGCCAGCCACAGCCCCCACCCCCUCCUCCCAAGUGGCCUGGGAUGAUCUCAAGUGAGCAGCUGAGCUUGGAGCUACACCAGGUGGAAAGGGAAAUUGGGAAGAGAACCCGUGAGCUGAGCAUGGAGAGCCAGUCUUCACUGGAUAUAAAAAACAAACUGGGCACCACUAAACAGACCGAAAAUGGACAGUUAGAACCACAAAGCAAGGUUCCAACUGAGAACCUCGCACUGACAUUCAGGACAAUGCUUCUCCUCAUGGUGUGUCUCUCCAGUGUCUGGGGCCUGGCUUCCCCUGAGCACUAUGUCGUGGAAGACAUCUGCACUGCAAAGCCACGGGACAUCCCGGUGAAUCCCAUCUGCAUCUAUCGCAACCCUGAGAAGAAGCCCCAGGAGGGCGAGGGGCAAGAGCCAGGGAAGAGCAAGCUCCCGGAGUCUACAAACCCCCGCGUCUGGGAGCUGUCAAAGGCCAACUCGCGCUUUGCUGUUGUCUUCUACAAGUACCUGGCUGACUCUAAGGACAAUGGGGAAAACAUCUUCAUGUCGCCUCUCAGCAUUUCUACAGCCUUCGCCAUGACCAAGCUCGGGGCUUGUGGCAGCACCCUCCAGCAGCUCAUGGAGGUCUUCCGAUUUGACACCAUCUCAGCGAAGACAUCUGAUCAGAUCCACUUCUUCUUUGCCAAGCUGAACUGCCGGCUUUACAAGAAAGCCAACAAAUCCUCAGAGCUGGUAUCAGCCAACCGCCUCUUCGGGGAGAAAUCCUUGGUCUUUAAUGAGACUUACCAGAACAUCAGUGAAAUCGUUUAUGGAGCCAAACUCUGGCCCUUGAACUUCAAGGAGAAGCCAGAGCUUUCCAGGAAGAUCAUUAAUGACUGGGUGGCUAAUAAGACGGAGAAGCGCAUUACAGAAGUGAUCCCAGAAAGGGGUAUUGACGAUCUCACUGUCUUGGUCCUGGUCAACACCAUUUAUUUUAAGGGGCACUGGAAAUCGCAGUUCCCAGCUCCAAACACAAAACUGGAUUUGUUUCAUAAAGCCAACGGCGAGACCUGCAAAGUCCCCAUCAUGUACCAAGAGUCCAAAUUCCACCACGCGUCCAUCCCCCAGGACAAAGUCCAGGUGCUGGAGCUGCCUUACAAAGGGGACGACAUCACGAUGGUGCUGGUCCUGCCCAAUGCUGGGACGUCGCUGGUGGAGGUGGAGCGCAACCUGACAUCGGAGAAGCUGCAGGACUGGAUAGACUCCAUGACGGAGGUCUCUCUCUUCGUCUACCUCCCUCGCUUCCGUGUCGAGGACAGCUUCAGUGUCAAGGAGAAGCUGAGAAAAAUGGGGCUGGAACAUCUCUUUAGCCCAGAAAAUGCCAGACUCCCAGGUAUCAUCGCAGAGGGCCGCACAGACCUCUAUGUAUCGGAGGCCUUCCACAAAGCCUUCCUCGAGGUGAAUGAAGAAGGCAGCGAGGCAUCAGCUGCCACCGCAGUCACCGUCUCCGGCCGUUCCUUCCCCAUGAACAGAAUAAUCUUCAAUGCCAACAGGCCCUUCCUGCUUUUCAUCCGGGAAGCCACCCUCAACACCAUCAUCUUCAUGGGUAGAAUAGCUGAUCCUUGCUCCUAAAGGGGCCGGCAGGGCCUCGCUUCUCCCUCCACUGCCUCUGGAGAAGGGGCAGUAGGAUAUUGCCAGAGAGCCUGGGCUGCUCCUGGGGUGGUUGGUCUCAGGUUUGGUGCAGGCUGCAGGGAGGGACUGUGUCCUGCUGGGCUGCUCCCGCUCCUCCUCGCUGUCGGGUGUGGGGGCUCAGAGGGCACCUCACCUGCUCCAUCCUUCAUUCAAAGGGAAGCUGAUUUUUUUUCCAGCCCCAGUGUUUUUGUGGCACCUAAACCCGAGUCCAGCAUUGCUGUCGUUCUUCUAUCCAACCUCUCCUCCCUUUCAGGCCUCAAACUGUAGCUCUGGUCCCCUGGUUCAUUAAAAACCUGUCAAUCUGCGUUACAACCUGAUCUUUGGGUAGUUUCACUAAGUCACUCCUUAGCCUUACCUAAACUUUCCUUUUUCAAACACGGGCCCUUCCCUGCUGCGGUCCCCACUCCCCGUACAGCAAUCCCACGGCGGAGCACUGGGUGGAACAGCUGCAGCUGAACGGCGUGGGCUGCCUUGGCCAAAAACAUCUGCACACAGCUGUGCCAGGAACAGCUGGAGGGUGGGAGAGCUGCCGAACACCAGAGCCCUGCUUGCCAACAGCUCUGUGUCCGACACAUCCAGAUGCUGAGCAAUCGCUCGGAAAAGCCUUGUGAAGCCGAUGCUGUGAAUUUGUCCUUCGAGCAGUGAGAUUUCAACCCAACACAGGUUAAAAGCAGGGCUGUGUGCGAACCAGGAUGGUGCCCGGCUCAGGGGACACACAGAACUCCAUGAACAGCCAUUAAUUCACCUGCAAGGUUGCUCCCAGCGCUGCGGUGUCCCGGCCUGCUGCCACGCCACACACGCGCUCUGCCCUCAUGUCUUCCCGAGGUGACCCCACUGCUGUAGGACCUCUGCCAAGAAGCAGAAGCAGAUGUGGGGAGAAAGAUCCUGGAAACAAAAAGGGCAUCGGUUUGUGCUGCAGUGGUGGGUGCAGGCGGCACUCCCCAGUACACGCUUCACUCCAGAUUCGGAAACACCAGUGGAAUAUCUGCCUUCCAAAGGCAGCGACUGCCACAGCAAGCCGGGCGAUGAGGGAGUUGGCUUGGACGUGCCAGCCUGUGGAAAAGCCUGUGCUAUGAAAAGGCGUUUGGUUGCUCUUGUCUCCAGUUUUGGCAGCAGCUGCAUUUCGCAGCAGGAAGGUCUGAGCAUCUGGCUUCAUGGUGGGGACGCAGAGAGACCUGCAGCCAUCGGCCACUGCGAGUGAGCACACUCGCCCACGCGUGCCUAGAGCAGCCCCUCUGGAAGCGGCUCCGUGUGCAGCUACUUUGGGCCCCGGACAAAAAGGGGAGCAUUCUGGAGAUGACAGAGUUUGUAAAGCAAAGCAGCUCUUCUCCCUCUCCUACUGUGGCUCUCGCUGCUGUGCCUUUUCUUGCUGGAUCCUAUCUCCACUCACUCACCUCAGCGCGUGGCUCCAGAAAGCCGCAUCUCCUCCUCUACCUCCACCUUGGCUGGUGCCCUCCAGGCUAUGGAUGCUGCGGGAAGAGGGCUCCAACCCAACCAAGGCUCCAAAAGUAACAGGGCCUUGUGCCUUCUCCACCUGCUGAGACUGAGAAGAGCUGAGCCUGCAGGAGCAGCAAGGCAAAAACACUGGGGAGAGCAGCUACGAGAUGGGACCCGGCAGCUACAAGACACAGACGAGGAGCUGAGUAUUAAACCAUUUAAUUCUCAAACCACUCACAUGCAUAAUGUUCUUUUACACAGUGUUAAAAGAAAGAAGAAAAUGCGAUUUGUUUUUUUUUUUUAAUACAAACAGAAUUUCAAGUAUACAUUUAUAGAAUUUUCAAGGAUUCCUACCCAAGUUGCUAAGUUUUCGUUCACAUUGUUCUUAAAGCUGUCCAACGAGAGCGCUUUUGUGAAAUUUCGAUGCAAUUGUACAGUCCCCUCUACCUUGGUUUGUUUUUCUCCCCCUUCCCCAGCGCUGGUUCUCCUCCUCCCCUCGCCUGCCCCCUCCAGCAACCCUGGAUCCCCGUCAGAGCUGGUGGCCCUUCUAAAGAGCUUCCAGCUGCAAAAGGGAGAGGAAAGCAGUGGUGAAGGACCAGCUUGGGACCGGCUCGUCCCAUCGCUGACGAACAGUCGGAAAUCCACAAUUCCAGGCAGCAGGCUCCCACCUCGGCCCACCGCAGACCUGCAUGAACACUGACCUUCUGGUUUGAAAUAAGGAUUGCAACCAAAAAUACAAUUCAUAAUAAUGAUAAAAAGAGAAGAAUUAGUACAGCAGGAAAUUUCUGAACUGUGAAAGUAAGUCUCGAGGGUUAGGACAGCUGCCCUAAACAGUUUGGAUUUAUGGGUCAACAGCUGAAGGCGACGGCACAAUGCUGCUUACGAACGGUGACUCUGCAAACCAGCUCAGAGCAGAAUCCACGUGGGACAGAGAAACUCGGAUUUGAAAAGGAAACACAAUACUGCACUGACAAGGGCUCCACAGCCACGGUACGAAACCCCCGGUCCCAGCAACACCUUCGUCCUGGCUCUGCUCGCCCAGCUUCUCCCAGCCCUGCUCGCGCCGGGCCAGCUGCUGCGCGGUACCUUCUGCCCUGCGGUGAGGGGGUUCCGAUCGGCUUUCCGGGCAAGGGGAGGUUUUCCUUGACCCAUUUCAAAGUAUUCCAAGUGGCCGGCAUACGCCAGCCCUGCGGGUGCUCCAGCGCGGCCAAGCUGAGCCGCCGCGGGGGCCGUGCCAGGCUGGGAGGGCUGCCGGAACGGGAGGUAGAGCUGCGGGAGGUUCGGGGCUGGCGAGGUGGCUCCCUCCUGCACGGCUGGGUCCAAAGCCAGCGGCAGCCGCGCUCCCUGGACCAUUUAAAGUGCUUUUCUGCAGGAAAGGGUUUGUCUUUUUUUUGUAUUUUUUUUUUUUUCUUUAAGAGGAACCUAUUAAAGUGCUGUUCUAGUUUGGAAAGGGACUCUGCUUAGAAAAAAUGGCACCUUUUCACAUGCGAGAUCUGCUCUCCGCAUGCGUUUGUGUGUGUAGACAGAAACUUGCAGAGUCAGAUCUGCUGAGUAGUGAACAACGUAUAAAAGCGUUUGUUAUUUUAUCUUAUUGCUUUUUCUACUGUUGCCUGCUCCUCGGAGGCAGGAGGGAGAUGGAUUCUCCGCUCACCUUCCACACCAUUCCCUCAUUUCCCAGUGUGGGAAGCGGAGCCCGCAGUUUCGCAGCUCCGGCAGCUGCCUUUGGCCCGCGGGACAGUUCGCUAGGACAGAACAUGAGAAUUAACGCAUCCACCCUGAACUGUCGCAGCCCCGGAGUGAACCUGCGAGGCUCCCAGCAAGAAACUCUGGCAAAGAGGGGUGGGGGGAGCCCCCCAAGGCUCCCCUGCUCCUGCCAGAUGCCAUUUUCAGAGUCACUUUACAGAGCAGACCUGCAUUUCUGAAACACGGAGGUAAGGAAAACAAAUCUGUUUGAAGUGAAAGCUUUGCUGCUAGAGUGUGUAGUGUGGUAACCUCAGCACUCCGAGAGAGAGAGGUAGUUACUGUCCUGUGACUCUUCCUGCUGCUCAACGCAACUCAACUUCUGGAGUGAUUGCUCAAAAAAAAAAAAAAAAAAGGAAAAAUCCUGUGCUCUUUAUUAAAAGUUUUCCCCUUUAAACUUUUCUGUUGAAGACGCGCUUGACGAUUCCCUCUAAGAGGCUUUUUUAUUUUAGAAAUUGUCAGUUUAGUUAUGAAAUCAAAUUUCAUCAGCAAAUUGCUCUCCAAAGCCGCUUCCAUCAUUAACUCUUGUUCCAAUGCUCUUGCGCCUCUCCGCAAGGCCGCGCUCGCCCCUCGGUCCCCGCUGGGGUUCCUGCUCAGCCUCACCCUCUGCAGAGUCACCGCCGCGCAGGACAGCGUUGGGUGCUUGGGGCAGUCUUAAUGGAGACGAUUAAAAAGAGCUACCGGUGUCACAUUCACAGUGUUGUACAGGGAAGAAGGGGGUGACACCAGGGAAAGGAGGGAUUGGGGGACAACCGGGGCACAGCUCCUGGGAGCUUUAGCUAGUGUUUACAAUACCAGAGGCACAGGGGAACCGCGUCCCUCCCCUUUCGGGACACAAGCAGGGCUCUGAGUCACCUGCUUCCAUUUCUGUGAGCCAAGCCCUGCCAUGGCCUUCUCUCGUCCUCUGGCAGCUCCCCUGGGAGCUGGGGCACAGGGCGAGGAAGGCGCUGCGGGAGCAUCCACCUGCAUCUUGUUCUCCUGCGAACUCAGCUUAUCAAAGAGCUUAUUGAGAGAAGUCCCUGUUUUGCCACCAAGAAGGGUUCCUCACAGAGCCCUCGGCCUGUCCUGACUGUUAGCAUUUUCACAUACACGAACACAAAAGAAACAUGCGUUAUUUGAACAACAAACGCUCUCUUUUCACUUCAUUUCCCACAGUCACUUGCCCUGGAAACUGUCGCACAUCAGCUUUCUGCCCAGGCAGGAACUUCAGGGAGCCGAAAGGAAUCAGCCUUAAGCCAAGGGUAUGACAACGUCGUGCUCUCCAUCACAAACUCGCCCAUAAUGCGGGUCAGCUGCAUCCCCCAACCGCAUAACCCUGGCUCUGGACGCCCUCGGGGGAGGUACCUGCAGGCCACUGGCAGCAUCACGCCCUGCGUCUCCAUCCGAGCUCCAGCCCGGCCUCGGCCUGCAAACGAUGGCAGCCGCUGCCAACAACCAGCCUCGUGUUCUCACAGGACAAACCUCUGACUGACUCUGCUGCAGUGUGGGCGCAGGCAAUGGGCAGCCGCCAGGGUGACGAGGCUUCACCCCUCUCGCCCAAACCAACACUGUCAGAGGAAGAACAGCCUUUGGCAGCGUAAGGAGCAGCCGCCAGCCUCCAGGGCCCACGGCAUCUUCCUCCUCCCCACCUGCCCUCGCCAAGAGCUGCGUUCAGUUACCAACUCACCGCAACGAAGUACGACACAAAAGCUUCACAGUGACCCACAGAGUUCCCUUAGAUGUCUAAACUCUACAAACACAACACCACAGGCGCACAAACUCACGGAUCGGAGCAGUGCCCUGGCCCCCACACAGACCUCUCAGGCUCGGGACGCAGCGCGGGGAUGUGACCAAACGGGGAACCAGGGAAGCAACAGCAUUAGGUUAAAACUCAUUUCCAAGAAGUUUCUCAGCCGUGGUUUCGGACUCCUCCCCUCACCCCAGACUGAGGGAUUGCAAUUGUACUUUUCUCCUUUUAUGCUGCUUUCUCUGCUUCACCCGCAGUAGUUAAACUAAACAACCUGGCUUCCUUUUAUCAUUUCUAAUUAGUUUCACAGUUUCACAGCCAAUGAUACCGGUCUGACUGCGUGGGUAACAGGAAGGGUUAAAUAAAUAAGCUUCACUGCAAUGUAAUGGUAAGGAAGAUGUACACCCACAGCUCUGAGGGGAGGAGGGUUGAGUACAUCGACAGGAAUUCCGCAACACCGGAGGUUCAACGCAGCCGUCCGUAAAUACUGGACUGAGCUAUUUUUUUAAUUACUGCCUUAGAUAACUGCAGUAAAAUAAUAAAUGGGGAUAUGUCAGAUUAAACAAUGACCUCACACAGCAGUAUUUAAAAGAUACCUGAAUACGUUUCAAAAGCUUAACUGAUAUGAACUGGGAAGCCUGUUAAAGCUGCCCAUUUUUACACGAUAAUACUAAUAAAAAGGUAACAAAACCAGAGCUUGGCAGAAUCUAACGGAAACAGGAAUGCGGAGGCUGUGCUCAUGCACAGGGAGCAGCUGGGCUUCUCCCCAGACCGUGGCAGACAACGUGCCAUUUCACGGACUGAUCACUGACAAAUGAAAAGAGUCACUACUGGAAAUGCACAGGUUGCAUAAAAAUACCCCUUCUUUUGUGUUAGCUGGUGCAGCGCACAGCAGGGCAAUAUUUCAUAUUGCAGGGGAGCGACGGAGACACCCAGAAUACGGGAGGGAGGCCUCUGGGCUACCUUCAGCAAGUCGCUCCAGGUCUCACCCAGUGGAGUUUGGUGGAUCUCCUGGGAUGGAGAUUCCACAGCCUCUUGGACAACCUCUUCCCAUACUGUUUCGCUAUACUCAAGCUGAAAAAAGGUCUUGUAAUACCUAACCUGAAUCUCCCUUGUGUGAGCUUCUGCCUAGCGCUGCUCCUCCUCCCGCCGUGUGCCUCUGAAGAGUUUGGCUCCAUCUCCUCUGCACUCUCCCCUUGGCUGCUGAGUUCAAAUGGAAGACGCGAUGCUGCUGAAGGAGAGAGUGCUGAAACGAAAGUAAACGUCAGCCCGCACGUGCCAGGAAACCCAGCAGUCGGAAAAUGCUACAUAGAGUCAUAGACUGGUUUGUGUUGGAAGGAACCUUAAAGAUCACCCAGUUCCAACCCGCUGGCAUGGGCAGGGACACCCCCCGCUGGACCAGGCUGCUCAAAGGCCCCGGUGCUGCCCGUUCCCGGCCAUCACUUACUACCCUUCAGCUGCUUCCAAGGGCGUCUCUGAAACCUGCACAGCAAAUCCACCUCCACUAGGACUGACUCCCUUUCCUUCAUUCCCAUUCACUGGAUGCAGCACACUGACACCAGCACUACUUAGAAUCCUAGAAUCCCUAGGUUGGAAAAGACCUUUGAGAUAAUCCAGUCCAACUUAAUCAUCAACCUGGGGGAUUUAUGGGGGGGGG